AUGGAACAGACACCAUUUAUGGAGAUAUCUGAUUUUGAUUGGAGUACCAUUGAUUUAUCAAAACCAGCUCAUACUGCUGAAGAAUACCUUAAGCAAGGAAUUGUAAUAAGAGAAAGCAUUCCAAAAGUUGUUAAAGCAGAACUAAAUGAAGAUAUGAUUGAAAAAGUAGAUAUUCCAUUAUUUAGACUUGGAAAUAAUCUUCCAAAAUUUGAUUUUUUACCAACAUGUAAAUGGGUUUCAGCUCAGUUAAGAAUGUUCAUGAGUCAACGUAUCAAAUAUUUAACAUUUUGUAAAGAUGAUAAAAUAACAUAUUUUAAUGAAAAUAUUAUAUUUCCAAAGGAAGUCAAAGAUUGGAUAUAUUUUUGUAUUGGUGAAAAAAUUAAUAAUAUUGAUGUAGAUGAAACUUUACAAUUAAAAUCUGUAAAUCCAUCUCCAAGUCUAUUAAAAGAUAUGGAUACAAAAGAUAAAAAUUUAUGCAUUUAUUCAUUAACUGAAUAUUUACAGUCAACAGAUAAACCAGUAGAAAAAGUUUUUUUAUGGAUUUAUUGUUUACUUUUGUCAUUAGCUUUACCAUUAUCUCCAAAUACCACAUCAACAUUAAGGAUAUUAUCUAAAAGAUGUCACUAUCUUCGAUCAAAAUUGACACCAUCUACUGGUAGAAAAUUAAUAUCUACUUACUCCAUGAUUAUUGCAAUAAUUGGAAAUUGCUAUAGUCAAAAAGAUUUGGCUGAUUAUAAAUUACAAUAA